GGGGCGACGCGUGACGCAAUCCGCCUGCGCGCUGGCGGGGCGGGGUGAGCCGGCCGCGGGCGCUGGGCGGGUCCGUGGCGCGGUCUAUCGGCGCCUGUUUUCUCGCUGGGUGGCGGACGAAACUUCACAAGAUGUCUAAGCAACAACCAGCUCAGUUUAUAAAUCCAGAAACUCCUGGCUAUGUUGGAUUUGCAAAUCUCCCCAAUCAAGUUCACCGAAAAUCAGUGAAAAAAGGUUUUGAGUUCACACUGAUGGUGGUUGGUGAAUCAGGUCUAGGAAAAUCGACUCUCAUAAACAGCCUGUUCCUAACUGAUCUCUACCCAGAAAGAGUUAUACCAGGCGCUGCAGAGAAAAUUGAAAGAACUGUCCAAAUUGAGGCUUCAACUGUUGAAAUUGAAGAGCGAGGGGUCAAGCUACGCCUGACAGUGGUGGAUACCCCUGGCUAUGGUGAUGCUAUCAACUGCAGAGAUUGUUUUAAGACGAUAAUCUCCUACAUCGAUGAGCAGUUUGAGCGGUACCUGCAUGACGAGAGCGGCUUGAACAGACGGCACAUUGUUGAUAAUCGAGUGCACUGUUGCUUUUACUUCAUUUCACCAUUUGGACAUGGACUUAAGCCCUUAGAUGUGGCGUUUAUGAAGGCAAUACACAACAAGGUGAAUAUUGUGCCUGUCAUUGCAAAAGCUGACACCCUCACCCUGAAGGAACGGGAGCGGCUGAAGAAAAGGAUUCUGGAUGAAAUUGAAGAACAUAACAUCAAAAUCUAUCACUUACCUGAUGCAGAAUCAGAUGAAGAUGAAGAUUUUAAAGAGCAGACUAGACUUCUCAAGGCCAGCAUCCCAUUCUCUGUGGUUGGAUCCAAUCAGUUGAUUGAAGCCAAAGGAAAGAAGGUCAGAGGCCGCCUCUACCCCUGGGGUGUUGUGGAGGUGGAGAACCCAGAACACAACGACUUUCUGAAGCUGAGAACCAUGCUCAUCACCCACAUGCAGGAUCUCCAGGAGGUGACCCAGGACCUUCAUUAUGAAAACUUCCGUUCUGAGAGACUCAAGAGAGGCGGCAGGAAAGUGGAGAACGAGGACAUGAAUAAAGAUCAGAUCUUGCUGGAAAAGGAAGCUGAGCUCCGCCGCAUGCAGGAGAUGAUCGCUAGGAUGCAGGCGCAGAUGCAGCUACAGAUGCAGGGCGGGGACGGCGACGGCGGGGCUCUCGGGCACCACGUGUGAGAAAACACUUUCCUGGAUAAAAAAGAAAACAUUCCAGAUGCGUGAUCCAGCCGUGUGUUUUCAUAAUCCUUGGGAGAGUGCCAUCCACAUUUUAACUUACCUGUGCCUGAGAAUUUAAUUUUUUAAAAAGUUUUGAUUUUUUUUUUUUGUAUGAGGUACUUUUAACAUAUGUAUUUCAUUGCUGUUACACUCUGUAUUUUGUGAGGUGAACUUUUCCUUUUCUUCUUCCUAACCACUAACGUUAGAAUUGACUUCCAAGAAUCAGCGUGUAUAGUUAAUACUGAAUUUCUUUAAUUUAACUGACUUAACGACUGACUAACUAUUCGAGCACUCCUGAUUUGUAUCUAGAACAUUCAGAUUGACCCAUUAUGUUCCUGGGUGGUAGAGGUGUGUGCCUAGUGCUGUAGAAAGAUCCGCUGGCCUGGGGCAGGGUCAUUGCUUACCACACCACACUGCUUCCUUGCUUUUAUGUUUGUACACAACAUCUAAAACCAGUUUUGCUGCUAUCAUUCAGUACUGUUCUUUUGUCUGUGAGUUUAUUAUCUGUUAACCAAAUAAAACAAUAGAAUUACCUAAUGAGAUAUAUCUUUACACUUAAAUAGCUUUUUUAGAGGUGACUUUUAAAGAAGUCUCUUGAUUCUGAUGCUAGGUCGUUUUAAAACCACUAUGCAGAGAACUCACUGUAAGCCACGUGAUCUCCACUGAUACUGGUUAUCCUGUGCUACAGAGAAAAUCAGAGUAGUCACAACUAAGAUUCUUACCUACAAAAUGAGAUUCAGUAAACUCUUAACCAAAAUUUUAAAAAAAAUUUUAAGGAAAAUUAGCAGUUUACCUAUUCAGAAUCCAACCUUUCUAUAUUUUAUACCGCACUUUAGUGUAUUUUCUGUAACUGUAGAUAUAGAAGAUCUGCCUCCCCUGUGGAAAUUGGGGUCUGUCGGUGGGCAUGCCCCUGGAGCCCAGCUUGCCAUUGAACAGUGUUCCCACCCUAAGGCCUUGGCACCCUGAACGCCUGAUCUCUGAUGCCUACCAGGUUUUCCUGAUUUGGGUUUCCUUUAAAUAUUCCUUUUUUGCAUGAUUUUCUGAUGGGAGGAAAAUAGCAGUAAUCAUUUUUGUGUGGGCAGACUGUCUCAUUUUUUUUUUAGCCGUUGUCGUUUUAUUCAUUUUGUGUAAUAACCAUGUGUCGUGUCAAAGUGGAAGACAUUUCAAGUCUGUAGUAUAGCUAGUAGGCAGGUGUGCACAUUCGAAGCCACACCUGGUCUGUUUUCUGUGCACUGUGGCCUUAGCCUCACCUUUCCUCCCGUGUCUCCCGGUGGCAUGCUCCAGGGCUUGCCUUUUUUUUUUUUUUUUUAAUCAAUUACACUGAAGUUGGGAGAUUCAGCUGCAGAAAGUGACAGAUGAAAGGAGACAAUGGUUGUGUAGGAAGAUGGAGAAAAUGCUCACUCUGAGGAUGAGACAGGGUUUUUUGUUUUUUUGUGGGGGAAAACAUAAAAUGAGGCAGUUACACAUUCGUUAUGAAGGUGUGCUACAGAAAAUAAUCUGGUGCUCUUGCUAACUUUGCUCCUUCACUGUUGCUUGCAAAUAGCCAAAAGCCGUAUGUUAUAGCUUAUUGUGUGAAGGUAACUAAGAAAAAGUGUUCCAUGACUUUAUAGAGUACAUCCAUGCAGAGUCCAUUAUUUGAGUUUUUGACAUUUAAUAACUUUGCUAGAAAAAUCUGUAAAAAAAAAAAAAAAAAAAAAAAAAAAAAAAACAUUUGCAAGUGAUUAAGCCCCAUGUAUGUUUGUGCGAAAGUCCUACUUCAGGCACUCUGGUAGUAGCUGUGCACAAGGGGGGCCCAGGGCUGCACCUCUGACCACCUUUUGUGGUACUACCCAAACCUUAAGAUAUACUUUUGAUAAUAGAUAACUGCUCUUUUACUAAGAGAUCGUCUCUACCUAUAGAAAUGUAUUUUCAAAACACUUAUUUUACACAGCAAUUUUGUAUCCAUUUAAACUAAUCUUUUAUCAAUAAAGCACUAUUGUUUAGAUGUU